UCUCACCAUGUUAACGGUUCUACUAGUUCAAAUUACACUAAUUUACAGUGCAUCGAUCGGAAUUGAAAUUGUAACUCCGGAUCAGUUGAACAAGAUUGCAGACACCUUGAUUGAAAUGUACAUGAACGAUCGUUGUGCGGUUAUAAUCUCGGUGAGUGGAUACAUGGCAUCCAGUUCUGUUCCUGCAGUCUACGUGAGCCCUUAUAGCCAGAAAACUGCCGAGAAUUUGCCAAAUGCGAGCUUGGCUUCUGAAGAGAGUUACAAGAAAGACGUUCUAGCACCGGUCCUUGAAUUAGGGUGCACUGGAUAUCUCGUGCAGGCCGAAAAUCCUGAGGUACAGUUUCGGCUUAUAGAGAAAACGUUUGUUCACGUGAAAUCAAGAACCCAACGCAGAUUUAUUUUUCUACCAACAAUCGUCCAGAUCAGUGAAGGCUCUACGUGGUUGCCGUCCGAGGUCCUAGAUACCAGUAAUUUCGACUUCCAAUCAGUCUUACAGGGAGAAUCUGUGCAGUAUGUUACCGACGUAGUGUUUGCCGUUCCAAAUAAUCGGACCGGUGACGUCGAUCUAUUUACGCAUCGCUUCUCUGGCCCAGACGAUGCUGGCAGACAGGAAAUUCUUCUGGAUACGUAUGAAGUAGAGAACAGGAAAUUCAAGCUUGGGGCGAAUCUUUUUCCAGACAAGGUGAAAAACCUUGAGGGUAAAACUCUGAGAAUUGCAGCGUUCGACUAUCCACCGUAUAAUGUCAUGGUUAAUAAGGAAGGCGAAAACUACCAAUUUGAUGGUGCCGAAUGGCGAUUUGCCGUAGAAUUUGCAAAGCUCCACAACUGCUCUUUGAAACCGGUUGUCGACAACGAGGACUUGUGGGGUGUCAUCAACGAGAACCUUACCGGAAAUGGAGUUAUCGGAAACUUAGUCGAGGACAAAGCUGACGUGGGAAUAGCUGCCCUGUGGUCCUGGCACCACGAGUUUCGUUUCCUGGAUUUUACUGCGCCUUCUUAUCGUGCGGGAAUGACAUGCUUUGUCCCAGAACCGAAACGGAUCCCGCAAUGGAUGUCACCAAUCUUUCCAUUCGCUCCAUCUCUAUGGGCUACCUUCAUAACCAUGAUAUUCGUAUCCAUUGCUUUCACUGGUAUAGUAAUACGUGGUGAAAGCUUUGUUAGAUUCGAGAGUUCUUCCAAAGUGAACUCAAGCGAGAUCGUGCUGACAGUGCUUGGAGUGAUGCUACUGCAGGGCCUUGUCAAGGAACCCGACAGACCUUCAUGGGCCGCCUUAGCAAUGACUCUUCUAGUCGUCUCGCUGCUACUCGCUACAGCUUACGGAAGCAGUCUAGCAUCUGCUAUGACGAUACCUAGAUUCAAAGCGCCGAUAGACACAGCGAUGGAAUUGGCGGCCAGUGGGAUUUCAUGGGCAGCUAAUCACGAAUCCUGGCUCUACUCAAUCAUCAAUGCCGAGGAGCCGGAAAUGCGGACCCUGGUAAAAAAUUUUCGUGUGCUAACUCCAGCGGAAUUGACCAGAAAUGCUGCCAAAAAUGGUUGGGCCUUUCCAAUCGAGCGACUUCCUGGUGGUCUUUACAGCAUCCAAGACUACCUUAACAGCGAUGCAAUUGAGAAAAUGCACAUGAUGAGAACCGACAUUAAUUUUGAAUAUUGUGUAGCAAUGCUGCGAAAAAGUUCACCAUACACGCAGUGGUAUACUCGGCGUAUACUGGAGAUUCAGGCGUCAGGAAUCCCUUCUUACUGGGGAACCGACGUCGUUCAACAACACCUUGAUAUCCGCACUCAGUUGGCUGUUCACAGCGACAACAUAGUGACCCAUGAUCCAGUGAAGAUGACAGUUGGCCAGGUGCAAGGAACGUUUUACAUUCUCGCGAUUGGACUCGCGAUAAGCGGUUUGGUUUUUCUGAAAGAGUUGUACAGUGCGCAAAAAUCUUCUCGUCAACGCAAAAAGGAGAUAAAAGGGUAUUGAAAUAUUGACGACAACACGGAAAAAUAUUCACUUUCACAGCCUCAAAUUCUUUCCUCGUACU